AUGACCGGCGCCACCGUGGACCCUCAGGCCAGCGCCGCCCGCGAGCGAAGAGCUGACGAGGGCAAGAAGGUCGCGUUCGGAGAGGCGCGGCAGCCGGGGGCGACGACGUGCCAGAGUUGCGGCAGCGGGUGCAGCAGCGAGCACCGCUUUUGCGCGUUCUGCGGCAGCGGGCUCCGCGGGGUCGGCGCCCCCCCCGCCCCGACCUGGAAGGCGAGCGACAGAGAGAAGAGGCAAUGGAGGAUGCCCUCGCGCUACCAGGUCAUCGAGAGGCUCGGCCAGGGCUCGUACGGGUGCGUCUGCGAGGCCCACGACGCCGAGCGGGGCGGCAGGGUGGCCAUCAAGAGGACGGACCACUUGUUCGAUGACGCCACGGACGCCAGGCGCACUCUGCGCGAGGUGGCCAUUUUGUCGCUGCUGAGGCACGAGAACGUGGUCCAGCUCCUCGACGUGUUCGCACCUGGCGACGGCCUCGCGGACUUCAACGAGCUUUACGUGGUGAUGGAACUCUGUGAUUCGGACCUGAGGAAGCUGUGCCGGUCGGCCACGUCUCUCAGCCCACUCCACCUACGCCGGAUGCUGUGGACGCUGCUCUGCGGCCUCAAGUCUACGUGCAUUCCGCGGGCAUCUACCACAGGGACCUGA